AUGGAUGUUCCAAUUUUGAGCAAAGCUGCUCAUGGACUUUGUAUUACAAGUUGUAGUAUGCAGAAUUGCGGAACUGGCAACUGUCAGAAACGAAAGGGACGUCCAACAUGCAUUUGUUAUCGUUGCGCAAAAGGAGGAGGCAAUAUUCCAUUGGCUGCUUUUGUUAAGGGAUAA